AUGUCCACCACAAGCGCUGCAGAAACAUCUACCACAACUGACACUUCCACGAUUGAAACGACUGCUCCUGAAUCGUCCACCCCUAGUGCUGCAGAAACAUCUACCAAAUCUGAGACUUCCACAGUCACAACGAUUGCAGCUGUAACAUCCACCACUAGCACAGCAGAAACAUCUACCACAACAGAGACUACCACAAUCACGAGUGCUCCUGAAACAUCCACCACAAACACUUCCACAAUCUCGGCUUCUCCUGUAACAUCCACCACAAGUGCAGCAGAGACAUCUACAAGAACUGAAACUUCCACAAUCACAACAACUGCUCCUGAAACGUCCACCACUAGUGCAGCAGAAACAUCUACUCCAACUGAGACUUCCACAGUCACAACGACUGCUUCUGAAACCUCCACCACUACAGAAACAUCUACCAAAACUGAGACUUCCACAGUCACAACAACUGCUUCUGAAAUAUCCACCACCAGUGCAGCAGAAACAUCUACCACAACUGAGACUUCCACAGUCGCAACGACUGCUCCUGAAACAUCCACCAAUAGUGCAACAGAAUCAUCUACCACAACUGAGACUUCCACAGUCGCAACAACUGCUUCUGAACUGUCCACGAGUAGCGCAACAGAAACAUCUACCACAAAUGAGUCUUCCACAAUCACAACAACUCCACCAGAAACCUCCACCACUAGCACAGCAGAUACAUCUACAACAACUGAGACAUCCACAAUCACAACAGGUGUUCCUGAAACAUCCACCACAAGUGUUGCAGAAACAUCUACCACAACAGAGACUUCCACACUUGCAAUAAUUGAUCAAAAAUCAUCCACCACUAGUGCCGCAGAAACUUCUACCACAACUGAGACUUCCACAGUCGCAACGACUGCUCCUGAAACGUCCACCACUAGUGCCGCAGAAACUUCUACCACAACUGAGACUUCCACAGUCACAACGACUGCUCCUGAAACCUCCACCACUAGUGCAGUAGAAACAUCUACCACAACUGAGACUACCAUAAUCACUACUGCUCCUGAAACAUCCACCACAAGUGCAGCAGAAAACAUCUACCACAACAGAGACUUCCACUCUUGCAACGACUGCUCCAGAAUCAUCCACCACUAG